AAAUGAGGCUUCCGUAGUUUGAACGAGCACAAACAUGGCGUCGACCUGGUACCGUUCAAAUAGCUCAGCAUGUUAGAUAAAAAUUAUUGUGUCAGAAUAUACAGAUAUGUGUCAUGUUUGAAAUGUCAGUAUUUCAGAGAAUUACUGAAAAGUAUUCGUUUUGUUAAACCAUGGGUAUUCAGUGCUUAUUGUUCGGUCUAAGGUCCUCUCGAACAUUUAUUUCAGCUUAUCGACUGACAUGUAUUCAGUCUUCGAGAGCGCUCGUGUCUACAGCGACCCAGUCCGUUAAAGUCAAUGAUAUCACAAGCAUCUUGAAGCCACUAACGUUACGUUGCUUGCGCGUUAAUUCAGUCAGGAAUGCCUAUACCUUUACGUCUACUGCCGUCGCAAAGGACGUGAUUCUCUUCGAACACGACCGGACGCGUUUCUUCAGACUUUUAGCCAUAUUUUGUGGCGGCCAGUUUCUCUUCUGGGCAUAUCUGGCUCACUUUGCUUUCACAAGUCUUCGAGACACAAGAAAAAAUAGUGGUGAACCUCAAAAGGUCAGAACUGAGUUAGGAGGGCUUUUCAGUUUUGAUAUGAACCUUGGUUCAAAUGCCUGGAGGUAUGGAUUCACUCUUGGGUGCCUAAUUAUUGGCGGAGGAAUCGUUGGCCUGGCAGUAUUGUUCAGCCGUCGUUCUGUGAGUCGUGUAAUUCUUCAUAAGGGAGGUGGAAAAGUCACAGUAUCUACACAGUCACCGCUGGGACCUCUCAGAGCUCACCAUCUAACUGUGCCUUUGACUCAAGUGACCUGUCAUGCACACAGACAGGAAUCACCUUCAUUUAUCCCUCUUAAAAUCAAAGGGUACAAGUUCUACUUCCUCUUGGACAAAGAAGGGACACUAAACAACCCUAAACUAUUUGACAUUACUGUUGGGGCCUACAGACCCUUAUAAUAUGUCAUACAUACCCUUGUGAGUCUGCGCUCCUCUGUUGAUGUAUCAUACAUCUGCUGUUCGUUUUGGUUUAUGUUGCCUUGUGGGGGAGGAGGGGGGGGCAUGCACUGAAUUUAAAAGAGGAAUAAACCGUGAAACUUUUCUGUUCA